AAAGGACCAAGAAGAACACCGUUUUCUGCUAGCGCAAAGUUCACUAUUAGCAAAAAUUAGUGACCAUGGCCUCAGCACACCAAUUUCAUGUGUUGCUAGUGCACCUCAGUAUCCUUGCAUUCCAAUUGUCCGAAGCACCAACUGCUACUCAAGCAACGACAGCCAUGGUCAAGCCAGGCUGCGCUGAUCGUUGUGGGAAUUUAAGCAUCCCAUACCCAUUUGGCAUCACUAAAGACUGUUGUCUCGACGAAGCCUUCCUCAUCACUUGCAACGACGCUUUCAACCCUCCCAUAGCAUUUUUGGGAACCAAUACCAGUAACCUAAAUGUCACGGAGAUAUCCCUCCAAGGUCAGUUGCAUAUCUUGCAGUUUGUAGGCAAUGAUUGUUAUGAUCCGAAGGGGAAGUGGAAGGAACAGUCCAUUAGCGAAGCCUCGUUCAAGCUCUCGAAAUUUUCCAUCUCCACCGAGAAUAAGCUCACAGUAAUCGGUUGUGAUACUAUAGCGUAUAUGUAUUUCUAUCAAGGUGAAAAGCUGCAGAGGUAUUCCACAACUGGAUGCGUAUCUAUAUGCCACAGCCUCGACAGUGUCGCUGAUGGCUCUUGUUCCGGAGUUGGCUGUUGCCAGACAUCCAUCCCUAAAAGGGUGAGGAGCAUUGAUAUCCAGUUAUCUAGCUAUAAUAACUAUACAAAGGUGUCAGACUUCAAUCAUUGCGGCUAUGCCUUUGUUGCCAAACAAAAUGAGUUCAAAUUCACACCGGAGAAUGUUAGAAAACUGCAAAACACAAGCGAGUUUCCGAUGGUGGUCGAUUGGGCCGUUGGAAACGAAACAUGUGAGGUGGCUAAAAAAAACUCGACUACUUAUGCAUGCAAAGACAAUACCACAUGUUACAAACCCGAUAAUGGUUAUGCCAUUACUGGGUAUCGCUGUAAAUGCUUGGAGGGGUACGAAGACAUUAACGAAUGUCAAGAUCUAAGUCGCAAUAACUGUACAUUUGAAAAAGGUUGUCAUAAUAUGAUAGGGAACUAUAAGUGCACCUGCCCCGAGUGGUACCAUGGGGAUGGCAGAAAAGAUGGACAAGGUUGCACUUUCAAUCAGUCACUAGUGAUCAAGGUUGCUUUAGGUAACUUUACUUGCUGUAUUUUUCCUAUUAUGCACAUGAAAGCUUGCUUUGCUAAUCCAUUGUCAGCUAGUCAGGCAAUUACUGGCGGGGAUUAUCACACUGUUGCUCCUCUUACUAGUGAAGAGAUCAUAGAUUUGCUUGUGUCCUGAGGAAUCAAAUUCUUAUUCCAUUCUGUUGUAGUUAGUUUGAGAAAAGUAGCAAGUUUUUGCUUUCUGUUAAAGAAAGUUAGCUUGAUAUUUCAUUUGGAUUGGACUGAUUGGAAUGAAAUUUUAAACUUCUAAGGUCAUUUUCCCACUCUUUCUCUCAUAAAACUAUCAAUGAAAAGGGAAUUUUGUUUCUGGUUUAUGAAGUAGUCAUUAGGAAGGUCUAAAGUAAGACUUGAACUGAAUCCUAGUACGAUCUAUAGGUAUCAUGCAUGGUUGGGGGAAGUUGUCCUUUUCGGAAGCUUAGAUUUAUUUUUUGGACCUUAG